AUGAGUCAUUCAGCCACUUUAUCCUCAAGUUACGCACACAAGCGGCGCGGUGCGAUUUCCGAUCUCGCGAGGAAAUUGAAAUUCUCCACCAGGUGACAAUGGGAGCCCGCGACGAACGAGUGAGAGAUAAAGGCCUGGAAAACUCCAUGUGUUUGGAUGAUUUGACAAACUACGCGAUAAACAGGGAGAUGCUGCUGAAGCAGAAGGAGAAGACACGUCAUUCAAGAGAGAACGAGGGCUCCGGAGUACUAUCUGCGGUAGACCAAGAGUGGAAACAUAAGUCAUCGACAGUUGAGCAACAUGGAACACGUUGGAACCAAGUCAAGCGCAAGGAGGUAGAGUGUGACAAUUGCGGAUCAUGGAAGCAUCGAAAAGAUUCGCGUGAAUGUUCGGCUCGGGCGGCUAGAUGCAACCACUGUGGACGCAUAGGCCAUUAUGCAAGAAAGUGCAGGUCGAGAAGAAACGUGCCAUGGAAUAGCAGUCGACCUUACCGAAAGUUUGAUGGAGCAAAUUCGUUGCGAGAGGGAGAUCGAUACCACCAUCGCGGACGGAUUGUUGCUCGACGCCCACUACCGGACAUACCAAAGGUGCAUAAGAAAGAUGAUGGAAUAAUUACAUGCAAAAUCGACACUUUUCCGAAAACAACACUCCGCACAUUGAAUGACCAUCGUAGAAACCCACCUAAAAUAAAUUUUAAAAUCGGAAUCCUGAUUUACAAGACUACAGUGUCGACCCACCCAUCAAACAAAAUUUAA